AUGGAGAAAGCAAACCAGUCUGUGGUGUCCGAGUUUAUUCUUCGUGGACUUUGCAAUUCAACAGAGAUCCAGAACUUCCUCUUACUGCCAUUUUCUACACUCUACCUGAUGACUGUCCUGGGCAACCUUCUAGUUGUGCUCUUAAUCAUCACUGACUCUCAUCUCCAUUCCCCAAUGUACUUCCUCUUAGCCAAUCUCUCAUUUGUUGACUUCUGCCUUUCCUCAGUAACCACCCCUAAACUGAUCACAGACUUCAUAAACGAUAAUAAAACCAUCUCCUUUGGGGGUUGCAUGAGCCAAAUCCUCUGUGUACAUUUUUUUGGAGGGGGUGAGAUGGUACUGCUUGUGUCAAUGGCCUAUGACCGUUAUGUGGCCAUCUGCAAGCCACUCCAUUACUCCAGCAUCAUGGACAGAAAAAAGUGCAUCUGGCUAGUUUUGAUAUCAUGGAUGAUUGGCUUUGUGCAUGCCAUGAGUCAACUAGCUAUGAUUUUGGAUCUUCCCUUCUGUGGACCCAGAAUAGUGGACAGCUUUUUCUGUGAUAUCCCUCUGGUGAUCAAAUUAGCCUGCAUAGACACUCGCACUCUGGGAAUAUUGAUAAAUGCUGACAGUGGGGCCUUGGCUAUCACUUGCUUCAUCCUCUUGCUGAUCUCCUACACCUACAUCCUGCUAACUGUUCACCUUCACUCCAAGGAUGGGGCAUCAAAGGCACUCUCUACCUGUACUUCCCACAUCACAGUGGUGGUGUUGUUCUUUGGACCCUGCAUCUUCAUCUAUCUGUGGCCACCUAGCAUCACUUGGGUGGACAAGUUUCUUGCUGUGUUUUACACAGUAAUCACACCUCUCUUGAAUCCAGCCAUUUAUACACUGAGAAAUAAAGAGAUUAAGAAUGCCAUAAAGAGAUGGAUAAGUCAGCAUAUGUAUUCAAGGGGUAAUUUUUAG